AUGAAGACCCUGUUCGGUCUCGCCCUUCUUCUUUGCAUUUCAGUCGGUAAGUCACUUUAGUCCGGUUCUAUCUCUUCAGUUCUUUCCAUUAAAGUAAGGACAAUGCUGCAGGAAUCUUGUCCCGAAAUACUCGCGGCUCCCUUUGUUGGCGUGCUUGAUCUUCUCUCUCUGAAUAAAGUGGUGGGCGCGCAAUAUUAAUUACAUUUUAACCAUAAGUCGGACAAACAUCAUCUUCGAUUUUUUUUCUUCACGCUUUACGAUUUGGUUUGAUAAAUUGAAUUCUAAUAUGAAAGUACAUUAUCAGACCUGACAGAUCUGAGUGGCUUUCAGUUUUUCCCAUUUGGGCGCGAAUAACAUAACGUUUUUGUUAGGAAUAAUUUAGGAUGGUAUUGAAGUUAGAAAACGAUGGAACGCUGUUGGAGCUUUUAUUCUUUCCUGUUAUUUUCUUCACCAAAGAGUAGGAGAAGUAGUAGGAGUUGUAAGCGAAGUCGUAAGAGCAACACGGAAUCGGAGUCGGAAGAAUCAGAACAUUUCCAUUGUUUCGACUCCGCUUAUAACUCCGUCGCUUGCGAUCUUGAGAAAACCAGAUUUUCGGAGUCGGAAGCAGAAGCAGAAGGAUACACCAAUCACUAUGCUCGUUUCUACGCUUUCUGAUUGGUUUCGUUCUUCCGCUAGUGCUUGCGACUCCGACAACCCUCUGGCAUGUUUUCACUAAACCGUGAGCGAAGGAUAGAGUCGUAAGUGAAAUAAGAACGCUGUUUUUACUAGAUCAUCACACUCUACGCUUCAGCGAAAAACCAGCCUUUAUUGACCAAGCUUGUUCGAACAAGAUGGCUGGAUAUUGGGCAAGUUCUAUUUUGCGUUUUUACGUCUGCAUUAAAAUGCAAUAAAGCAACAUGGGCCAAUAUCCAGCCAUCUUGACCGAACAAGCUUAAUCAAGAAAAGAUUUAGUAUGUGGCCAAAGAAGAUGUUUACCUGCGGUGACAUAGCGGAAAAUCCCGAGCGGGCAAGAUAGGCUUAUCUUGCUCGCUCGGGUAGGCAACUAGAACACAUGAUAAGCUUCAUCUUGCACUGAUCUUGCCUCAGUGCCCGCGAAGCAAGGCAUAUAGUAAAGACACUUUCAUAGAUGAAGAAUAAGAUCGACAGGUUUGGUCCAAGUCUCCUAGAAUCACAGAUAAGCACAAGUCACUGAACUGCUUGCUGAUAAUUGUUUUUAAAUCUAGCGGAGCGAUCCACACCUCCAACGUAGAGGUUGCGCUCUAAGCUUUGUUUCACCGCCAAAACAAUUUGUAACCGCGCGAUUCCUUUCUUCUCACGCCAAAAAAUUAAGGCAAAAAUACUUUUAUCCGGUAGGGUCGGUGUGUCAGCCCUUAAAGAAUCAGGUAGCCUGAGAACAAAGCCGACAUUCCGCGACGCCACCACUGGUUCCGACGUCAUUUUGCGGGGAAUUAAACCAGAGGUGGAGUCGCAAAAUAUCGGCUGUUUUGUCAGGCUAAGAAUAAAACUCACUGUUAGUUUUUUUUUUUAAUAUUUGUUUAUAUUUUCAAGCUUAUUCCCUGAAAUGCAACCUAUGUUUUUCUGCGGAAAGCUGGGAUGACUGCAAAAACACGACAAAAGAGAUAACCUGUAUGGACGACUUUGAUCGUUGUGUCACACAAGAAGGAAAAUCUGAGAGCCCGCAAAAGACAGUUAAACUCUUUGUCAAAGGAUGCGCCACUUCAUCACUAUGCAGCCUGGGCCCAUUGAACUGCAGACCGACCGACGCCUCGACGAAAAUCACCAAAUGCGAAGUCAACUGCUGUAAAGGUGACCUGUGCAAUGGAGACGACAAUGAAGCCGAAAAUGGAGCCAAAGUACCAAUAGUCAGCGCCAUCAUGCUUUUGGCAUGCGCUUUUGUAGCUUUUGCUCGUUAG